AUGAGAACCAAGGCUGCCCGGAAGUCAGCCCCCACCACUGGAGGAGUGAAGAAGCCUCACCGCUACCGCCCUGGAACUGUUGCCCUCCGUGAGAUCCGCAAGUACCAGAAGAGCACUGAGCUGCUGAUCAGGAAGCUGCCCUUCCAGAGGCUCGUCAGGGAAAUUGCACAGGACUUCAAGACUGAUCUGCGUUUCCAGAGCCAUGCUGUGCUUGCCCUCCAGGAGGCUGCCGAGGCAUACCUUGUUGGCCUGUUUGAGGACACCAACCUGUGUGCUAUCCAUGCUAAGCGUGUGACCAUCAUGCCCAAGGACAUUCAGCUGGCAAGGAGGAUCCGUGGCGAGAGGGCCUAA